UCUGCGACGACGCACUAUUAUAUGAAAAAUAUUUUUAGACUGUGAUAAAACUGAUAAAUAAUAUUAUUAUUAUGGUUAAUAUUAUUGUUAUGCGGGCUACAAGCUACGAGUCUACGACUAUUCGACAUUCGUUAGUCAAACACUUAUGCCAAUACUUUCUUUGAAUAUUGUUCUACCUAAAAAGUUUAUAAUAUGCGUUUGUGGAAAAAAACGGGAGCAACUAAAUAUCACCAAUUGGAAAAGACAUUUGGACAAUUGUAAGGCACGAAAAACUAAAAUGUCUUCUCAGCCAAUUUCUUCCUUUUUUCCAAUACCGAAAAAAGUCCGAAUGAAUACAGAAUCUAAUUAUUCUUGUUCUAAUGUUUUCCCAAAUGAUCCAAGCUCCAGUGUUCAUAGUGAUAAGCCAGUUGAACAGAGCAUGUCUACACCUAGUUCUUUUAAAGAAACUGUAUUUCUAAAUGAUUCAAGCUCCAGUGUUCAUAGUCAUGAGCCAGUAGAACAGAGCAUGUCUUCACCUAGUUCUUUUAAAGAAACUGAAAUUGAAUUUGAGGAUGAUCCUGCUGCUUUUAGCCAAAUAAAAGUAUUAACACCAGAUCUUAUUGACUAUUUUUUCAAAAAAGGACCAUCUCAACCGUCUUCAAAUGAUCUUCCCAGUAAAAUAUUUCCAAAAGAUAUCCAUGGCCGAUGUUUUCAUGAAAACUUGUAUUGGAAGAAUUCUCCUAGCGGAGAAUUGUCUAGGAGAAAGUGGCUAUCAUACUCAAAAAAAUUAAACAAAAUUUUUUGUCAUUAUUGUGCUCUCUUUGGAAAAAAUGAACAAAUAAACUGGAGCCGUGAAGGGUUUUCUAAUUGGAAAAAUGCAUCUGCCAGAAUUGUUGUACAUGAAACAUCGGAAGCACAUAUUAUGGCAUCCCUCAAAGCAAUCUACAGGGAAGCAGCUUUUCCAUUGAUACCAUCUUUAACAGAAAAAUCUGCAAUGAUUGUUAUUCAAAACAAGGAAAUUGUUAGUCAUUUAAUUGACAUAACAUUGUUCCUUGGAAGACAUUGCCUAUCAUUUCGAGGACAUAGAGAAGGCUGGAAAGAUGAAAUACGCGGAAAUUUUAAAGAUCUUGCAAUUCUUUUGGCUAAAUAUUCUCCACCAUUGGCAAUGCAUAUUAAUGAAAUUCAAAACUGUGGGAGAAAGACUCAAAACUUUUUAUCGUGGCAACGGCAAAACCAACUGAUACAAGCCAUUUCAACAAAUAUUAAAAAUGUCAUUCAGCAAGAGUUGUUUAAUGCUCAUUACUUUAGUAUUUCAUUAGACUCAACCUUCGAUAUAUCAAAGAAAGAGCAGUUAUCUAUGGUUAUCAGGUAUAUUAAUAAGAAAACUGGUAUAGUAUGUGAACGUCUUAUUGCAGUACGCCAGGCAAUCUCUACUACUGGAAGACACUUGUUUACAAUGUUUGAGGAAAUUUGUGGUGAAUUAAAUUUAAAUUGGAAGGAAUUUUUAGUUGGGCAAUCGUUUGACGGAGCUGCAUCAAUGCGAGGCCAAUAUAAUGGUCUUCAGUCGUUCAUUAAAGAGCAAAAUCAAUGUGCUACUUAUGUGUGGUGUUGGGCUCAUCGCUUUAAUUUAGUGAUUGUUGAUGCAGUAAGUUGUUGUAUUGAGGCACGUGAUUUAUUUGGCAACUUAGAAAUGCUAUACGACUUUAUUGGAAGUAGCAAACACCGUGUUAAUCUUUAUUCUAGUUACCAAAAAAAAAUUAUCCAGGAAAGCCGUUAA